AUGACGACUAAGCGUGAAGAUACAACCUUGCAUUUACCGCGCAUCCUCUGUUUGCAUGGCGGAGGAACCAAUGCCCGUAUCUUUAGAGCCCAAUGCCGCGUAGUGUCGCGGACGCUAGAGCCUUAUUUUCGCAUGGUGUAUGCCGAGGCGCCUUACGAGUCUGGCGCCGGUCCGGAUGUGCUUUCGGUCUAUGCAGAGCACGGGCCAUUCAAAAGAUGGCUCCGUUGGCUUCCCGAACAUCCGGAAUUAGAAGACGAAAGCGCAGUUGCAGACAUUAACGCCUCUCUGAAAGACGCUAUGGAUGCUGAUGACCUCGCGGGUGCCACCGGUCCUUGGAUCGGGCUUCUCGGAUUUAGCCAGGGUGCUAAGAUUGCCGCAAGUAUAUUAUAUCGACAGCAGAUCCGAUCCGAGAAGCUGGGGUCGGCACAGGCGGGUUCCGACUGGAAGUUCGCCGUGCUUCUGGCCGGACGAGCACCCAUAGUUAACCUAGACCCCGAAGUAUUCAAGUCAUCUAUGUUAAGCCGGGCGUCAGAGGUCGGCCUCACAGGUGCACCAGACCUAAUGGAAAUGAUGAGCGGGAACCACGUCUUAAAGCUUCCGACUAUCCACGUUCACGGACUCAGCGACCCGGGUUUGAAUUUGCAUCGCGAAUUAUUGGAAGAGUACUGCGACCCAGGGACUGCUAGGUUGAUUGAGUGGGACGGUGCGCAUAGGGUGCCACUCAAAGGAACUGACGUGCAGCCGUUGGUGGAGCAGAUAUUAGAUGUUGCAAGAAAGGAGGGUGUGUUGAAACGUUGA